AGUUUUGAACUUUAAAACUUUUAUAUAAAUUUGUGUUACUUGUAGUUUUAUUUUAGAAUUAUGCAGUAAUACGUGUUAAAAAUGGCGAAAAUUGCAGAAAUAAGAUCACUGUUCGAAGCAAAAGUUAAAGAAGGCAUCCCCGACCCGCCCGGGGAGUUCGAUCCGCGAGAUUUAGAACGUGUGAAAAGUGAUAAAUAUUUGUAUCGUGUACUUGAACACUGCCAGAAUAAUGUGCAGCUGGCUGCCCAAAUGUUAUUCGACAUCAUGGUUUGGAGAAAAAUCUUAAAAGUCAAUGAUAUUACUGAAGACACAGUGAAUACUGAUUACUUAAAAGAAGGUAUAUUCUUCACGCACGGCAGAGAUAUUGAUAGCUGCUUAUUGUUUAUUUUAAAAUCGAAACUUUAUAUAAAAGGUCAGAAAAAUAUCGAUGAUAUAAAAAAGAUUGUUAUUUAUUGGUUAGAACGAAUAGAACGGGAGGAAGACGGUAAGAGGAUGACAUUAUUCUUUGAUAUGGAUGGCUGCGGUUUGAAUAAUAUGGAUGUUGAAGUUAUUAUGUAUAUGAUUACCUUACUGAAGAGCUACUAUCCUUUAUUAGUUAAUUAUAUUAUAGUUUUCCAACUACCCUGGAUGUUGUCGGCCGGUUUUAAAAUUAUAAAAGGUCUGCUUCCCGCUGCAGCAAUAGAGAGGCUCAGAAUGGUUAAUAAAAAUAAUUUAAAAGAUUUAGUCGCACCCGAACAAGCAUUGAUAUGUUGGGGUGGGAAAAAUGAUUAUGUGUUUAAAUUCAUACCGGAAAAUCGAGUAAACAUGGAUAAGAGUGCCAAAAAUGUAACGUUUGCAGAUAACGACAGUAAACACUCUCCCGGAGAAAUGCUCAGUCUAAAUCCUGGUAAAAUACUAAUAUUUAAAUCUGAAAGUGAUAGAAUAUCAGCACAAUUGACUAUCAUGAAUAUGGACGAGAGUGCAAUUUCGUUUAAAAUUAAAACGACCGCUCCGGAAAAGUAUACAGUCAAACCUAGCUCUGGUAUCCUGGCCAGUAAGAUGUCACAGACAAUACACAUAAUUGUCAGUUCUGGUUUUCAUAUAAGUUCUGUGGUUAACGAUAGAUUUCUAGUUUCAUCAAUGCAAGUUCCGAAUACGAAUUUAUCAAAGAAAGAUUUGAGUAAACUCUGGAAAGAAGCUGGUACUAAAGCCGAUGAGUAUAAACUAAAAUGUUCCUGUAUAGAUACCACAGAAAAUAAAAAACCAGAGGUGAGUAAGGAUCCGGAGUCGGUAGUUUCUAAAUUGAGUAGCCUACAGGAAAGUCAUAACAUGCUUGUGCAGAAAUUGGAUAAAUUGAAAAUGUACCAAUUCAUGACAGUUUUUUUAAUUUUUGUUAUAAUUUUCUUAGGAUACCUUGCCUUUAGGAAUAUAAAUCAUUGUUAAUAUAGAAUAAUUUUUUUAUUACUAAUGAAAAUAAAAGAGAUACAAAAA